AUGCCAUUCUCCUCUGACUCCAUGUACGCGAACGCUGGUCUCUACCGUCAAACACUCCAUGAUAUGCUCUAUACACCGAGAACAGAGCAAAAGAAGAAGAGUUUCGAAGAUGAAACUAUUUCUGGAGUUGGAAAAGUUUCGAAAUUAUUGAACAAGUUUGAGACGGGACAACUGGAUUUGACGGUGGAGGAGAGUGUAUUGGAGCAGGAUUCUGAGGAGUGGGAUCUGGAUGAGAGUAUCUUUGAGGACCCGGUGUUUGUAUCAAAUGAACAGCCACCAGUCCCAAAACCUCGAACAAUUCUGUUCACUUCAACUCCAAAGUCAUCACCAGAAAAGAAGAAAGUGCCUGUCCGGCCUCUCGUCGAGACCCCAAUCCUUCGUCAACUCCAUCGCAAAGCAGGUGGAUACGACAAUCUGAGAAAUAAGUUCGAUCAGAUGAACUUGGAUUACCGUACACCCGAAGUGCCAAGACAAAAGGUCAACUCCAUUGGAUCCACGUGUUCUUCAAUUGGCUCUUCUACUUCAUCGUCGACGUUUUCAACCUCCAGAAGCGGUUUCUCUAGCAAUGAAACCAAUCAUAAACUCAGCUUCAGCAGGGAAACAAAAGAGGAAGUACACAAAAAGUUCAACAAAUAUUUCGAGUGGGGAGCUGAAAUGCUCCGAACAAUCGCCAUUCACGUCUCGGAAAUACGUCUCGAUGCCCUCUCCAAGUUCUCUGAAACCGAGCAAACUGAAGAUGUGAAGUGUAUGAAGAGGAUCUAUGAGGGAUGCAAGAAGGGAACAAAUAAAGAAAUGGAUGCAUUGUGUUGUGCCCUUUUCGAUCUCCUCGAGGAUAAAGUGAACAGAAAAGAGUUGUCGAUUCAUGAGGAAUAUGUCGUAUGCAAGUAUAAUAAGAGAAUUUGA